CAAUGGCCACCACCGAUACCCAGAAGCCCACCGACACCACCCCCGCCGUCGAAAACCCUCCCAAAGCCGCAGACCCCCCGGCCCCAGCCGUAGCGCCCAAACCAGAUCUCCCCGUAGACCCUCCCACCGAGACUCCCGCCGCUCUCUCCGCCGUUGAAUCCGCUGAAAACGGGUCCAAGGCUGACUCCGAGGACCCGAAGACCGCAUCGGCAGCUGAGGAUGGCGCUGCUCCGGCGUCUUCUGCUAUUGAGAAGAAGAUGCGCCGCGCCGAGCGGUUUGGAAUAUCUGUGCAGCUUACUGAAGAGGAGAAGCGCAAUUCCCGAGCUGAAAGAUUUGGUACUGUUCCUACAUCGCAUGGAUCAGAUGGAUCCAAAAAGUCAGAGGAGUUGAAGAGAAAGGCUAGAGCAGAGAGGUUUGGUAUUGCUGCUCCACCUGCGGCAAGUGAUGAGGAUGCGAGGAAGAAAGCCCGACAGGCCCGAUUCGCACCUGUUUCUAAGACUGCUGCUAAACCUGACCCUCAGGAAGAAGAAAAAAGGAAGGCAAGGUCACUCAGGUUUUCAAAUGGUUCUGCAGCAUCUCUCUCUCAAGUGAAUGCUAAGGGAAAUAUUGAGCCGGAAGCAGUUGCAGGCGAGGCUGUCGGAAAAGCAUGAAAGGAUGCUUCCUUUCUUAGUAGUAGUUUAGGGUUCUAACAUUUUAUGAUUCCCUUGAGGCUUCCUACCUAUACCUACUUCUGAUUGCAUGGAUUAUUGGCGAUGCAUUUUCCAUCUAGAUAGAUAUCUUCUACAAGUCGGUGAACAAGCUUUGGCGGGAGGAGAUUUAUUUUAUGCUGGAUUUGGUAAUGAAGAACUACCUGCUUAGUGUUAGUAUACCUUGAAAUCUACCAAGAACGUCUUAAAUUCAGAAUACGACCUAGGGAACAUCAUUAAUCCACCAGGACUGUGGCGACCGUUAGGUGGUUACCCUUCUGGUAUCUCUAUUGACACAAGGACAACUGCUCUUAAUCCUUAUGGUCACGUACUCAUGAUGCAGUGUUGAACAGUAGUACCAAGUUGGUAUCUGAGUGAGUCUACAUAAUCUGAUGGAUGAUAAUCAACAUUAUAAACUGGUAGGAUGAAUCAUAAAAUUAUAAAACCAAAAUUGAGAAGGGUCAAGUAGUGAAUAAUUGAGAAUGUCUGCCAAGGUAUGAGUUAUUUUGUCUGGGCAGGCUCUUUAUCUUUUUUAUUUUGGUUGUGGUUUGAAGUAUUUAGGUUUCUUAUUUGAUAAUAGGGUAAAAGUAAAUGUUUCAGAUGGUCAGGUGAGAGGUAUAACCAUGUAAUGUUGAGUAGUAUUGUCCAACACUGUGUCAUGAGAAGGAUGACCAAGAUGGGUUCAAUAGUUGAAGGUAAUUAUUACAUGUAUUAGAUUGUCAGAUUUGCUUGACAGAGGAUUUAAGAGUUGGAACCGUUCCCUAGAUUGUAUUCCUAGAAUUUGUGAUAUUCUUGGUUGUUGAUUCAAGGUAAAGUGAUCAUUGAGGGCAGUUGUGGAUUUUCUUAAGCUUUGUUGGGUGAUUUGUGCAAUCUUGAGGUAGGAUUUUGGGAAAGGGUGUACUCUAAAUCAGUUUUAGCUUUGUAAUUUUUAUGUUGUAUAUGAAGCUUUCACUGGACGAAUGUAAGCACAUCCACCUUAUGCGACUUUUUUUUUAUGAAUGGGAAUCCUACAAUGUUGGUUUACU